AUGUCUCAAGCUGAAGUAGGAAUCGUCGCCAUCCUUCAAACCACACCGGAGAAGGCCGACAGAUUGAAAGAAGUGUUGGCACAGGCGGCGAAAUGGAUUCAUGAACAUGAGCCCGAGUCGUUGGCGUUCGCAUUCUACGAAGAGCGCAACGGCGACGGAGUCCGCAUCUCCAUCUACGAAAGAUAUGCUUCUCAAGCAGCCGUGGACAAACACGAGAGCUCGGACAACUACAAGAAAGUCUUCCAAACCAUGGGCGACGAGGAGCUGUUGGCGGGCGCGCCCACGAUACUGAAAGCCCCGUUCGCCGGAGGGUUCUUGCGUUGA